AUGAAGGAGCUUGAAUCUUUCCGCGGACAUCGGAAGGACGUGACUGCAUUGGCUUGGCAUCCAUUCCAUGAAGAGUACUUCGUCAGUGGGAGCUACGACGGAUCCAUUUUCCAUUGGCUUGUGGGUGGUAGCAAUGAUCACACGACAAAGUUUUGGUGCCGAAAUAGGCCAGGAGACACUGCCCGUGAUAAAUUUAACCUAGGUCAAAACCAAGGUUAUGGUGAGCAAAAUCCUGCCCUUGGUGGCCGCUUCCCGGGCAAUUUCCCUGUUCCUGAACAACCAACAACUCCAGGACCAUUUGCUCCUGGAUUGACUCGAAAUGAAGGAACUAUUCCAGGUAUUGGAGCUGCAAUGCCGCUAUCAAUUCCAUCUCUUGAUGCAUCCCAGGGAGAUCAGAAGCAGUCUCUUCCCAUUUCUAUGCCAUUUGGAGCACCUCCUCUUCCUCCUGGUCCACAUCCGUCGCUCCUUGCUGGCAAUCAGCAGCAGGGCUAUCAACAAAAUCCUCAGCAGAUGCCACAACAGCAACACCAACCACUCCCUCAGCACAUGUCUCCUUUGCCCAUGCCACCUCCAAAUAUGCAACAGCUACAGCCUCCAUCCCAUGGACCCCUGCUUCCUCAUCCCCAUCUGCCUCGCCCUCCACAAAUGCCUCCUCAUGGCAUGCCUUCACCAAUCCCAUCUUCCAUGCCUGGUCCGAUGCCCCCAGUUGGUGGGGGUUUUCCAAAUGGCCUGCCAAAUAUGCAGGGCCCAUCAAAUGCAACUGGGGGCCAAAUGUAUCCACAGGGUGGUCCAUUCAACCGUCCGCAAGGUGGACAGAUGCCAAUGAUGCCUGGGUUUAAUCCUUACCAGUCUGGGAAUCAGUCUGGUAUACCUCCACCACUACCACCCGGUCCACCACCACAUUCGCAGACACCUCAAGAGCCAGCAAUACCAUCGGCAACAAUAAAGCAAACAGAGAUCAAGUCACUUAGAACCUUCCAAACCCUAUAUGCCACUGAUAUGAACAAGCUUGGAUGCACUGCCAUGAUAGUGUUACUUAGUUGA